AUGGCGUCCAAUGCUGAGGGUCCCAAAGACCACUGGUCAGCCGAAGCCUAUUCCGCCUCCGCAUCCUUCGUACACUCCGCGAAGAUCACCGGCAAACUGCUUACCUCCCUAGACCCCAAGCCAACAGACAAGGUGCUUGAUGUGGGCUGUGGCGAUGGUAAAUUUACAGCGAACUUCCUUCCCGCCAUAGAAAGCGUCUUGGGCAUCGACUCGUCUGCGUCCAUGAUCGAGUCUGCCAACAAAGACUACGCAGGCCCUAAAGCCAGUUUCCGCGUUGUGGAUUGCCGGUACCUGGAGAAGGAAACCUCCAUUGUGAAUGGAUCAUGGGAUAAAGUAAUCUCAAACGCAGCCCUUCACUGGAUCUUACGCGAUGAGUCGACACGCAUGUCGACACUCCGCGCAAUUUAUGGCUGUCUGAAGCCGGGCGGUACAUAUGUGUUUGAAAUGGGCGGACAUGGUAACGUCGCCGAGAUGAAGACGGCCCUUGUCUAUGCACUGGUACAGCACGGUAUCCCUGUCGAACAAGCAAGAGAGACUAGCCCUUGGUUCUACCCAUCUGAUACUUGGAUGAGAAAUGCCCUGGAAGAGAUCGGCUUCAAGGUUGAAAACAUCGAGCUCGAGUACCGCCCGACAAAACUCACCACUGACGCUAAGGGAGGAUUGGCGGGAUGGAUCAGGCUGAUGGGAGCCCAGUUCUUAGAGGUGCUGCCCGAGGAAAAGCGAGAUGCUGCAGUGCAGCAGAUUUGCGAUGUGCUCCAGGACGUAGUCACUCGUGGUGAGGAUGGGAGCCAGUGGCUGGGAUAUGUGCGACUGAGGGGUAUUGCAAAGAAAAUCUAA